CCUUCGAGCUCGGCUCCACUAUUUAUAUAUUUAUAUUUUAUAAUUAAAACUUCUCGUUUUAGAUAAAAUUUAAAAGAAAAACAAAUUUUGAAGAUAACCUAACAACCUAAAACAAAGUCAAUAACUUAAAGAAAAUAAAAUAAAUUAGGUACAUAACUUACCAUAAAAUACUAAAGACUUUUAGGAAAGAACAAAUCAUUGGAGUCAAUCGCAUCUAAUUGUAACGGUGCAGUAGUUUUUGGGUUAUUUUUAAAAAACCAUGAAUUCGCCGUUAUUAUAGUUAAUAACAAACAGAGAAAGUAUUUGCCAGAAGGAAAACCAAGUUAUUUUCAAUAAGCGCUAUAAAUAGAACCAAAUCGAGUUAAAAAACCAGUGAACAAUUAAAAAAACACAGAAAGAUCUAUAAUUAUAAAUAAAUCAAUUAUCAUAACAAUAUGAAGCAUUUUUAUGAACAGAUCGGAUUGUUUUCAUUUUUUUCGUCACUAGUAACCAAUAUAUUAUUUAAUCAAUUAUUACUCUAUUUGCUGAAAUACUGUUAUAAUCCAAUACUUCAGACCUAUUGGAUUCAAUUAGUUACUUAUGGCUUUUCAAUUAUAAUCAUCAAGAUUAUAUACCGUUCACCAUUCUAUGAAAUAUCAAGCAGAGCGAACUUUUUGGGAUUUUGUUUAAGUUUAGGAAUUCUUAUUUGCAAUAGUUCCAUAUACAUCUGGAAGACAUUUGGAAUUUAUGUUACCGUGUUAUCAACAUUCCAUUUUACAGAAUUUUUAGGCAUAGCAUUUACUAAUCCUGCAAGUUUAUCCUUUGACUCAUUCGUUAUUAACCAUAGCCCAGCUUAUACUUUAGCAGCAAUUGCUAGUUGGACUGAAUUUGGAACAAGAGUUUACUUCUAUCCACACAUGAAACCCAAUUUGUGCCUCUUGGUAAUUGGUACAAUCUUUUGUGUGGCCGGAGAAAUACUUAGAAAAACAGCUAUUUUUACAGCUAAACAAAAUUUUAAUCAUAUUGUUCAAAGUAAAAAGUCUAAUCAUCAUAGUUUAGUUACACAUGGAGUUUAUAAUGUUUGUAGGCAUCCAAGCUAUGUUGGAUGGUUUUAUUGGUCCAUUGGUACUCAGCUUAUUUUACAUAACCCAAUAUGUUUGCUUGCAUAUAUAAUUAUAUCAUGGAAAUUUUUUGAAGAUAGAAUAUUUAUUGAGGAAUUAAGUCUAGUAGAGUUUUAUGGUGAUACCUACAAAAUAUAUCAAAAUAAUGUCGGUACAGGGUUACCAUUUAUAUCUGGUUACAUCGAUGCUAAUUGAACUAAAAAGAGAAAUAUAUUAUUAUCUCAGGAAAACAUUGAUCUGCUAAUCUUUGAAUUAAUGUACUAUUAAUGCAGCAUAUAAACUCUUUGUAACAUUUAUAUUAUUUUGUAAACAAUAUACCAUUUUCAAAAUUGUAA